CCACUGUAUCUGAUUGAAAAUUCUAAUUUUAAUUUGGCGCUUCUAAUUCCCUCCAACACGAAAAACUUAAAAGCAUUACACUUUAUAUGUUUCCUAAUCAGACGCCAAAGCAAGAAUGAAAUCGACUUCUCACUUUUUUGUUUCCACUGCUCCACUCAUCCACGAGGAACAUAAUUCCAACGCAAUGCCACAUCGGACCGGUGACAACCAUAUUAGAGCGACGAUGUUGUCUCGCAUCAAACCAACACAAGCUUCCUCUAAAGGAAUUUUAGAUGGGCAAGAGGACAAUGUUGCUCCUGGUAAAAAGGUGAAUGUAUAAUAUGCGGUGAAGUUAAAGAAGAUGGACAAGUUACCGAUUCAAGAGGAGCACAACAUUUCUUCACGAGGAGCACAACAUUUAGAUUUAUUGAACUUUUUUUUUGAAGACAUUUGUGCUUUAUAUAUGAAGAAUA